AAUGCAGAGGAUAUGAUAGAGAGUGCCACGUUUCCUACUAACCAAACAACGAUAAAGGCGCAUCGUUUCUCCCGUCUUUCCUCCACUCCACUUUACUCACUGCGCUCUCUCUCUCGCUCUCUCUGCUUCACCUUCGGUUUUCACUCUUUUCAAGUGAGUCACACGCUCAACUUCUUCAAUUCCUCGUGAUUUCUUUCACUGCUUGUUAAUUUAGUUGAUCUCCACACGCUCUCUUGUUUUAAUCUCUCAUCUCAUCAAAAGCAAAUCUGUGAUCUAGAUCUGGAAUCCUGUAUUCUUUCUCAAUUUUAUACUUUCUGCACUAGAUCAGUCAUUUUCGGUUUUUUUGGAUGUGGAAAUGGUGUAAUCGAUCUUUCAAUUCUUGAUUUUGUUAUUAUUUUCGAUGAUCCAUGCGCAAGUUUGGUGAGCUACACAUUUGCGUAUUGCUGGCUUGCUCUGGUGGAUCUACAUGCCUUUUUCUCUACGAUUAUCAACAAACCGUCUGAUCUCUGCUGCUUAGGUAUGUCGUCAUCUGAUAAGCCAGAAGAAGUAGUUGAAAGGGAUGCUAAGGAGAAAGAUGACAAGAACGAAGAAAAGGGUGGAUUUAUUGAAAAGGUAAAGGACUUUAUUCAUGACAUUGGUGAGAAGAUUGAAGAAGCCAUUGGAUUUGGGAAACCCACUGCAGAUGUUACAGGGAUUCACAUUCCUAAAAUUAAUCUUGAAAGAGCGGAUAUUGUUAUUGAUGUGCUUGUUACCAACCCAAAUCCCAUUCCAAUCCCUCUGGUUGACAUAGAUUACUUGAUUGAGAGUGAUGGAAGAAAACUGGUUUCUGGUUUGAUCCCGGAUGCCGGAACAAUCAAUGCACAUGGUUCAGAGACUGUCAAGAUUCCAGUUAGUCUCAUUUAUGAUGACAUUAAGAACACAUACAGUGAUAUCAAGCCUGGGAGCAUUAUUCCUUACAAGAUCAAGGUCAACCUUAUUGUAGAUGUGCCUGUCUUUGGAAGGUUAACUCUACCGCUUGAGAAAACAGGAGAGAUACCCAUACCUUACAAGCCUGAUAUUGAUCUUGAGAAAGUACAGUUUCAGAGUUUCUCUUUUGAGGAAACUGUUGCAGUUCUUCAUUUGAAAUUGGACAAUAAGAAUGACUUUGACUUGGGCCUCAAUGGGCUGGACUAUGAGGUUUGGCUAGCUGAUGUAAGCAUUGGAGGUGCAGAACUCUCCAAAUCUGCUAAAAUUGAAAAAAAUGGAAUCAGUUGCAUUGAACUUCCCAUCACCUUCAGGCCGAGGGAAUUUGGCUCAGCACUUUGGGAUAUGAUUAGAGGAAAAGGUACUGGGUACACCAUGAAAGGAAAUAUUGAUGUGGAUACACCAUUUGGAGCAAUGAAGUUACCCAUCAGCAAGGAGGGUGGGUCCACACGCCUCAAGAAGGACAAAGGUGUUGGUGAAGAUGACGAUGACGAUGAGGUAUACAAUUAGUACUUCUAUUUCUUUCUUACUAAACUGCAAGUUUCUCAUAUCAUGGUCUCAUGCUCGUGUCUUUAUUUUUUAGUUGUUUAAUAGUUACUUAAGAGCAAGAUAUAGAAUCCCAUUUAUCUUGCUUUAUUUCUACUUUGUAAAAGUAUCAAGGUAGGUUGUGAUAUAGAUAUGACCUUGAUCUGCAUGCAUUAAGCAAGACGCUUCCUCUAUAGCAGAAAAACAACAUUGCUUCUUGUGUAUAUAAAUAUCCUUUUUCUGUA